AUGCCCCGUCGGAAAAAUCCGGAUACAAAUGGAUCAAGAUCCGUAGUUUUUCGACAAUCGGAGAUUGACCCACCUCGUUAUAGGGGUGUACGUAAACGGCCAUGGGGUCGAUUCUCUGCUGAGAUAAGGGAUCCGGUGAAAAAAGCUCGGAAAUGGCUGGGUACAUUUGAUACAGCGGAGGGUGCUGCACGAGCUUAUGAUACUGCUGCAAGGUCCUUUCAUGGAGCUAAAGCGAAAACUAAUUUCCCAAUAUUGCCCCCUUAUGGGGAGAAUCAAUUUGAAAAUCUUCAACAAUCAAGGCCGGCGUCGAGUAGUAUGAGUAGUACGGUGGAAUCAUCGAGUGAUGCGCGUGCAUUGUGUAAAAUUAUGCAACCGCGGAUUGAAAUUCCUCGCCGGAUUCCGAUGGGGGAAGGCCAUAGUGAUUGUGAUUCGUCGUCUUCUGUGGUGGAUGGUAAUUGCAUUGGCGGCGGCGAUGAUCAGACGUCGUCGUUUUGUAAAGAUCCUCUGCCGUUUGAUUUGAACUUUCCACCUCCAUCUGAUGAUUUUCAUAUCAUUGCCCCUUUGUGUUUCUAG